AUACUUUCUUUACAAGAGAGAGAAGACUAAAAGAGAGGCAUUUGAGUGUGGUGGAGAGAGUGGAAGAAGAGAGGAGAGAGAGAGAGAGAGAGACUACUGAUCUCAGCUCUCAUGAAACCAUAAUCUCUUUGGAAAGGAAACGCACCCUAUUCCUUCAUAUAUGCCAUCCUUUGUUCUUGAAUCUCUUCCAAGAUCUAUAGCAGCUUAGAAAGAAAGAUAUAAGCAGCUAGAGAUAGAAAGAGAGAUAAAGAUAGAAGAGAGAAUGUUCCCUUCAAAGAAGCCAACUAUGAAUUCACAUGAAGCUGGGCCUUUGUCAUGUGUGCAAGGUGACUCAGGCCUCGUUCUUACGACCGACCCUAAGCCUCGUCUCCGGUGGACCGUCGAGCUCCAUGACCGGUUCGUCGAUGCUGUCACUCAGCUCGGCGGCCCUGACAAGGCCACGCCAAAGACAAUUAUGAGGGUUAUGGGUGUGAAGGGUCUUACACUCUAUCACCUUAAAAGCCAUCUUCAGAAAUUUAGGCUUGGGAAGCAACCACACAAGGAUUUCAACGAUCAUUCCAAGGAUGCUCUAGAUAUGCAAAGAAUUGGAGCAUCUUCCUCUGGGACUAUGGGCAGAUCCAUGACUGACAGAAACGCACAGACAGCAGAAGCACUAAGGAUGCAGCUGGAGGUCCAAAGAAGACUCCAUGAACAACUAGAGGUACAAAAGAGUCUUCAAAUGAGAAUCGAAGCUCAAGGAAAAUACAUGCAAUCCAUCUUAGAAAAAGCUUGCCAAACCCUAGCUGCAUGUGAGAAUAUGCAAUCGUCAACAGAUGCAUAUAAAGCUUUCAACAGCCAUGGUUCCAUUCAAAUAGACCUCAUGAAGGACAUGGCAUCCCCCAUGGCUAUAACCUUCCCAUCCCUGCAAGAUAUCAACCUCUUCAACAACAAUCAGCUUGAUCAUCACAUGAAUCAUCAAGAAGACACCAGCUUUUUCAGAUCAAAUAAUGAUAAUAAUAUCUUCUUAGGGAAGAAAAGGCAGCAUGAUUUUUACAGCAAUCAAAGUGGGAAGAGUCCUAUGAUUUGGACUGAUCAAGAUCAGUUUGGAUCAGGACAGGAAGACAGCUGCAAGAGUGAACAAAUUCAUGAGAUUUCUACUUCUGUGAUUAAUGGAAGCUUGGAUAUGGAGUCCAUGAUGGAAGUUUAUGAGGCAACACCUAUGGUUUCAGGUGAUCAGGAAUGUAGAAAAGCUCCAGUUUUGACGAAGGAGAUGAUGAGUCCAGUGAUUAGAGGUGGUGGAUUGAGCCAAGGAAGGAAUUUGUCUUAUGGGUGAUAGGGUGAGCUUCUCAAUUAAUUUUCUUAUUUUUGUUCUUUUUUGUUUCUUUUUCAUGCAAGAAAAAUGAUAUGAGGUCAUGAUGAUGCCUUGCAUGCUUAAAUAAGUGACUUUUGGACUGCAAGUGUGCUAUGCAAAAUGCUAACUUGAUCAAUCGAAUCAAGGCCGUUGAUUUUUUUGUGGGUGGAUUA